AAAGAGCCGCUCACACAAUAAGAUGAACCAAAAUCCCCUAUGAACCUAAGACCUUUUUUCACUAUCGUAAUAAAUGCAAAAAGCUGUCAACAUGUCAUCCUACUUUGACGUACUAUCCUGGACGCGGGCACGCAAGAACCGUGAAGCUUUGGAGAAGACCAACCCUCAGAACCCUGUUCUCAACGACGACGACGAGCAAUUUUUGGAAAGGAUUACUAGUCAAGAGGCGCCUGCUCCACCACUUCCUACCAUUGAGCCUACAGUUAUUGAUGAUGAGGGAAACAAAAGAGAGGCUAAUGCGACGCAAAAGGAGGCUGCUGAGAUGAUCUUGCCGGCUAGUCCUGGAGAGAGCAAGGAGAAGAGAACUUGGGCGAGCUAUAUUCCUAAUGUUCCUAAUGUCGCGGUGCCGAACAUGUCGAACAUCCCUUCGAUUCCUGUCAUGCCUUCGCUAGCGUCUUUGAGAGGCAACAAGGCGAGUGCUAAGGCCGACGAUAAGGAAGCUUCCCAGUCUGAGGACUCCGAGGUUAAAGCAGCUGAACAAAAGCCGGUCGAGAAGAAGGAAACACACGCGGAAAAGGCUGCUGCACCUGUCCAAGACGACAAGAACGACCUUACCGAGAAGGCCGAGGAAAUAGUCCAAGCCACGACGGAGGUGGCCCAAGAGACCAAGGACGAACUCACCAAGGACUCUGCCACCGCGUCAGAAGCAGAGGCCACAAAGGACACUGGAGACGACAAGUCCGAGGAGACUACUCAACGAACGUGGGCUUCUUACAUCCCAGCUAUCCCAGCCAUGUCCGCCAUUCCCACCAUCGGUCGCAGCACAAAGGCCAAGGAAGAAGCAGAAGAAGCGGCAAGGAACCAGACUCCUGAAGCAAAAGAGCAAAACGAACGCGAGGUGUCCGUACUCCUGGAUAAUCUGAACCUGUCGGCAAUCAACAACCGCGUCUUCAGUUUCAGCGACCAAUCGCAAAAGCUAUACGGAGAGUUCACCUUGAUACUCAAGGACAUAGUCAACGGUGUACCAACCGCCUACGAGGAUCUCGAGACUCUACUCAAGAACAACGAAAAGCACCUCGAGCAGAUGUUCAAGAACAUGCCUCCUUUCGUUCAAACACUCGUUAAAUCUCUUCCCACCAAGUUCGCAACUUCCAUGGGUCCAGAAAUCAUGGCAAUGGCAGGCGAUGAACCCGGCCACGACUUGAAGAAAAGAAUGGAGACUGUCAGUCAAGCCUCCUCUUCUGCCGCCGCGGGUGUCCAAAACGUCAACCUCGACGUCAAGAAGAAGCAAAAGAGAAAGAUUCCCAACAUCAAGGAUCUGGCAAAGCAGAAGGGAGCAGUAACCAGUAUGUUGACGAACAUUGUCAACUUCCUCAAAGUCAGAUUCCCUGCUUUUGUCACCGGCACAAACGUCGUGAUGAGUUUGUCCGUAUUCAUCCUUCUCUUCGUAUUCUGGUACUGCCACAAACGCGGCAAAGAAGUCCGUAUGCUACGUGAAUCAGAACCCACAAAAGCUUCCUCCUCCUCCGCCAACAUAUCCGAACUCUCCGACUCCGCAGAAUCUUCAGAAGAUGAGGUCGAAGAGAAAAAGGAUGCUAUGGAUAUAGACGAAGAGUCUGAUACAGAGGAAGAGAAGAUUAAAGCUGCCAAGGCUUAUGCUGCUGGGAUGCAGAAGUCUGCGGUGGGUGGUCCGGAUAAUGCUGCUGCUUUGAGAGCGAAGAGGGUUUUGGAGCAGGAUUGAGUGGGUGAAAAGGAGCGGGAAGUCAUGAAGGUGACGGGAUUACUCUUAAUGAUUAUGAAGACUUUUACGACCUUUUUCUUGCUUUGACAACUGGAAUGAUUCUUUCCUUGCGGGACUGUCAUGUUUUGACUCUUCUCUUGUACCUGUCAGGUGUCUAAGCACACACGUGAGGGCUAUCUAGAUUUACUUGACGUUUAGUGAUGUUGACAGGAAUGUAUCGUUCAAGCCCAU